AUGAAACUAAAAAAUGGGUUACUAUUGUUUCUGUUUGUGGAGUGUGCUUUUUUCAAAGUGGACUCAAAGUGUGUGAAAGGGUGUGAUAUAGCUUUAGCUUCUUACUAUGUCAUGCCUUUAGUUGAUCUCCCAACUAUAACAAAUUUCAUGCAAUCAAAGAUUGUUACCAACUCUUCUAAUAUUUUAAAUAGUUACAAUAAAGUCUUAGUAACCAAUCAUGGUAAUAUUUUUUCCUAUUUUAGAAUCAACAUUCCAUUCCCAUGUGAAUGUAUUGGAGGUGAGUUUUUAGGACAUGUGUUUGAAUACACAACAAAGAAAGGAGAUACUUACGAUUUGAUUGCAAAUAAUUAUUAUGUAAGUUUGACUAGUUUUGAGCUUUUGAAAAAGUUCAAUAGUUAUGAUCCAAAUCAUAUACCUGCUAAGGCUAAGGUUAAUGUCACUGUCAAUUGUUCUUGUGGGAAUAGCCAGAUUUCAAAAGACUAUGGAUUGUUUGUUACUUAUCCGUUAAGGUCUAUGGAUACUCUUGAGAAGAUUGCGAACGAGUCUAAACUAGAUGAAGGGUUGAUACAGAAUUUCAAUCCUGAUGUUAAUUUCAGUAGAGGAAGUGGGAUAGUGUUCAUUCCAGGAAGAGAUAAAAAUGGAGAAUAUGUUCCUUUGUAUCCUAGAACAGGUUUUGCUAAGGGUGCAGCUGUUGGUAUAUCGAUAGCAGGAGUAUUCGGGCUUCUAUUAUUUGUUAUUUGUAUAUAUGUCAAAUACUUCCAGAAAAAGGAAGAAGAGAAAACUAUUCUGCCCCAAAUUUCUAAGGUGCUUUCAACUCAAGAUGGUAGUGGAGAAUAUGAAACUUCAGGAUCUAGUGGGUAUGGUACUGGUAGUGCUGCUGGGCUUACAGGAAUUAUGGUGGCAAAGUCAACAGAGUUUUCAUAUCAAGAACUAGCUAAGGCUACAAAUAACUUUAGUUUGGAUAAUAAAAUUGGUCAAGGUGGAUUCGGAGCUGUCUAUUAUGCCGAACUCCGAGGCGAGAAAACAGCAAUUAAGAAAAUGAAUGUACAAGCAUCAACAGAAUUUCUUUGUGAGUUGAAGGUCUUAACACAUGUUCAUCAUUUGAAUCUGGUGAGGUUGAUUGGAUAUUGUGUUGAGGGAUCGCUUUUCCUUGUAUACGAACAUAUUGACAAUGGAAACUUGGGUCAAUAUUUGCAUGGUUUAGGUAAAGAGCCAUUACCAUGGUCUAGUAGAGUCCAAAUUGCUCUAGAUUCUGCAAGAGGCCUUGAAUACAUUCAUGAACACACUGUGCCAGUUUAUAUCCAUCGCGAUGUAAAAUCAGCAAACAUAUUGGUAGACAAAAACUUGCGGGGAAAGGUUGCAGAUUUUGGCUUGACCAAACUUAUUGAAGUUGGAAACUCCACACUUCACACUCGUCUUGUUGGAACUUUUGGAUACAUGCCACCAGAAUAUGCUCAAUAUGGUGAUGUUUCUCCGAAAAUAGAUGUAUAUGCUUUUGGAGUUGUUCUUUAUGAACUAAUUUCUGCAAAGAAUGCUGUUCUGAGGACAGGUGAAGUAUCGGUUGCUGAAUCAAAGGGUCUUGUAGCCUUGUUUGAAAAAGCACUUAAUCAAAUUGAUCCUUCAGACGCUCUUUGCAAAUUGGUGGAUCCUAGGCUUAAAGAAAACUAUCCAAUUCAUUCUGUUUUAAGGAUGGCUGAACUUGGGAGAGCAUGUACAAGAGACAAUCCACUACUACGCCCAAGUAUGAGAUCUUUAGUUGUUGAUCUCAUGACACUUUCAUCACCAUUUGAAGAUUGUGACGAUGACAACUCCUAUGAAAAUCAAACUCUCAUAAAUCUAUUGUCAGUGCGAUGA